CUUCGGAGCAGCCUUACGUUCAUCAUUUCAUAACAUGUGGCAUUCAUCUUACCCAAGCCACUAUUUACCUUGAUACGGACACACUGCUGAAUUGUCAGAAGAAAGCGUAACCUCAUACUUCUACUUUUACUUCUCAUCCUUGACGGUCAGCGUCGUCUUAUACAUUUUCCUGAUGACGGCUCGAUGACCUACAUUGCGACUCCUAGGCGCAUCGUGCCUGGAUGCCCGUCCUGAACCCUUUUCUGCGCGCGCUCUUUCAGAGUAGUGUGUUAGGACAUGCAUUGUCAUCCCAGAACUAUGUCCUCCUCGUUCCUACUACCGAAUCGCUCCUCUAUGGCCAGGACAGGGAGACGAACAAGCGGUACGCCGAUCAGGUCGAAGAUGAAGAUUUCUUGGGGAGCCACAUCCUUCGCAUCAUUCCUCCUGCCGCAGGCAAAGAUGGAAAUGUUCGCGACAAUCGUGGGAAGGCGAAGAAUUAUUCCACAGUCAACGGAAGAUCAGUGAUACUCAAGGAGAAUAUUGUCUAUACCAAUAAGGGGUUCAAGCAGUUGACCCAGGCCUCGUUGCUGACAGAUCUCUUGUAUUACUCGCCUGGGACUGAGAUGCAGCAGUGGCUGGUCUACUAUAUCAACAAACCUUUGACUGGCAUGUUCGAGGCGUUGCCCAUCAAGCCUGCGAUAAUCGGCGAGAACAGACUCGCCACCCCUCCAUCGGCAGCCUCCUCAUCCGAGCCUACGCCCAAGAAGAAAGACAUCAAAUCCUUCAAUGAACUCCUCAAUAGCUUCCCCAUGAUUGCGCGACAGAUGCAACACGGCUUGGAAAGGUUGUUCAAUGAGUUUGGCAAAGAGUUGGGAAAGCCGCUGCCUCCUCCUCCCUCCCGCAGCUCCACUACAAAUUCUUUGGACGGAACAACUCAGGGCUCUGAGAAUGGGUCAAUAAAGUCGAAUGGCUCCCUGAAGCUGCCUUUCAACUCUGCAGCUUAUUUCGAGGAUGAGGAAGAUCUCAUGCGGCGAGCAUUGGAGACAGCCGUAACUGCCGCCAUCGACCUGUUCCAAGGCGUGGACAAGCAGCAGCUGUCAUACCUUGGAGCAACCACCGAUCUGACAGGUCCGGAUGUCGAACGUUUGAUCGAACGAUACGUUGCCGAAUAUGUCCACGAUCAGCUUCUGUUUCCCCGAUUAUGUGCCUUCUACAAGGCACCAGAUCAGGAACUUGAUCGACGAAUCCGGCAAAUGGAUUGCUUAGAUGUCUCCCAAGUUGGAAUCUCCAUCGAAGAUGGAAGGAAAGGGAAAAGAGACCUGAUUGCACGGAUUAAUCGCGGAGUUGCUGUUUUCCGCAAGAUGGGGGUCGCUAGUAGUCCCCAGGAAAUGCUUGAUAUCCUCUUGGAAACCCAAAGGGUGGUCUCUGGGCAAGGUAUUACGGACGAAGAAAAGCGAGCAGCAUCAAUGACCAUCAAUGCUGAUGUAUUGGUCUCGCUCCUGCUCCUGGUCGUCAUCAGAUCGUCUGUGAGGCAUCUUCAAGCGAGAUUAUCCUAUAUGCAGAGAUUCAUCUACAUCGAUGACGUUGAGAGUGGCGAGAUUGGAUAUUCGCUGUCCACGUUGGAAGCCGUCUUGACGUAUCUUGCAAGGGAUGCAGCCGGUCUUCGCAAGGCAUCGAAACAAAAUCAAAUGCUUUGGAAUGCUGUCAAGGACGGCAAAGUGGACGAUGUCAAGUCUGUUUUUGAAGAGUCAGCAGUCAUCGCUGAUGACUUUGUGGACGAGCCCGCUGAAAUUCCUCUCUCCAGGAAGACUACGCAGUCUGCAGAAUCUACACCUCGAGACUCACUUUCAAGGACCAACUCUAGUGAAGGUGGCCUGUCGCAUGUCUUCCCCUUCCAAGCAGCCGAAAGAAGGCUUUCGAUCCCAAAGCAGAAAAAGAAGGUGAAAAUGGCUGCCAGAAGUAUGUCCAUAUCCUCGGCAUUUUCACUGGCAUCUCGAGCCGCGACCAUUGAAACCAGCCUUAGCGGCCUCGAGGGCGAUACAUCUGUACAGAGCCUGGCACAGACGCAAGAUGGCGUUGGCAAUUCUGUGCUCAUGAUGGCAGUCGAGAGUCAGAAGCCACAAUCGCUACGGUAUCUGCUGAGUCUUUCUGAACAUUACGGAACAGAUGAUGUCCUGGGAGACGUCACUCAAGAAGGAGCAACGUUGUUGAGUGCAGCAGUUCAACUUGCCAACUCUGAGCUAGUCGAUAUCAUUCUGGACUUUGCAGAGCAAAACACAGACGAGACCAGGUUUCGAGAGUAUUUGGCAGUCAAGGACACCCGUGGUCGAAGUGUGGCGCAUUAUAUCUUCAACACGCCGGACUUGAUCAGAAGACUUGCUAAUGUGCUACCCUGGCGGCAGAAGGACAAGAUUGGGCACACGCCUCUCUUCGCCAUCUGUCGAACAUACGACCAUCCCGACUAUAACAGCAUGGUCUCUGAAGCCUUGAUCGCGGCCAAGCAGGCUCAAGGCGACGAUGCCCCACUGCGUAUCGAAGAUCACACGGACAACAAAGGCAACUCUUUGCUACAUAUCGUCAAUGACUCUGUGAUCAUGCAGCGCAUCCUCCAGUACUGCGACGUGGAUCUCAACGCCAUGAACGACAAGAAGUUCACACCUUUAAUGCUAGCAAGCAAGUACGGCCGAGUUGACAUGGUGCGAAUAUUUAUUGGUGAUCCGCGAAUAGAUCUCCACUUGCGUGAAGCACGCGGUUUGACGGCGGUGGAAUUGGCCAAGGACGACGAAGUGCGCAAUCGCAUCGAUGAUCUGACAUUGUUCUCUCCCUCAAAUGUGACAGACAAGACCGGCCGCAUCACAGCUAUUGUCCGAUCGUUCUUCGUCGAGGAUGGGUCGACGAGGUAUAUCCUCAAGUCUGGCGCGCCCAAUCCGGCAGUCUCGAGCACCACGUUCACGAUCACAACCAGUCGUCGAGCCCUUCAAGAUUUCGAGAACUUGGCCAAGUGGUUGUCGAUGGACUAUCCUGCUUCGUAUAUGCCGAAAAUUCAGGUCUCGAACUUCCGCAGCCCAUUUCAGUUGCAUUCGCGCCCGUCUCGAGCUGUCCUGCACGACGCACAGACGCACCUUGAUCGAUUCCUUAAGAUUCUCAUGAAUCACCCUACAUUCUCCACCCACGAAAUGUUGUGGGAAUUCUUCCUCGUCCCAGACAUGCUGCAGGAACAAAUGGCCGAACGAGCCCGACUCAAGGCAGAGCUGGUCCAGGAGAAGAUCGCGGAUGAUUACGAUCCGCUGACUACACGAGCUGACAUGCUUGCUGUGGACAAUCUGAUCUCCCACUCCCGCGAGAUGGUCCGACGCGUGAAUAAUAGUACGCGCGCAGUUGUCCGCAGGGGCCACAUGUACGUUCAGGCCCAGGCGGACUUUGCGGAGUCGUUGAGUUUGUGUGCCAUUGCCUUUGCGACCAUGGGCGCGCCCGCGAGCACCCUACCCAAAGCCCAUGUCGAUACGUUCCUCAGAUUCGCGGCGCUGACGCACAUGGAGACUGCGUCGAACCCGUUGGCGGGCUACGUGCUGAGCAUGACGAGUUUCCAUUCGACGAUCGCGGCGGUGCAAAGUGCCCUGAUGAGGCCUAGUCAGCUCAUUACGCAAAUUCAGAGUCUACAGAGGGGCGUGGAGAAGAAUAGGCAUAAUUUGGCGAAUGGAGCGGUGCCGAGGAAAGGGGUUCUCAAUGCGAUCAAUUUUCCGAGCAGUGAGGAGAGUCGGGCGAAGGCCAGAAAGGACACGGAAGGGAAGAUUGUGCAAGGAGAAUCCGAGGUCGAUAGGCUGGGACGGGAAUUGAGAUAUACGCAGGAGGUUGUCGUGAGUGAACUCGCGGGAUGGACGACGUGGAGAGAGGAGUGGGGAAAGGAAGAGGUCAAAAGGUUGGCCCGGGGCAUGGUGGUGAGGGAGAGAGAAAGGUUGAAGGGUAUGGAACGGGCAUUCAGGGCGUUGAGGGAAGGGUGAGGAAGAGGGACUAUAAGUCCCACUGGGCCUCCUCUUUUGGGUGGUUUUCCUUGUCUGAUGGAGGAAUACGGUCUACAGGAUUGAUACCCAUUGAUGGAGAGAAGGUAACCGAGGUGGUGAUUGGGAAAGUGCCUAGGUACUCUAUAGACUUCCUAGCAGUCCGUCUAAAUGUAAUACCAUUUCCUUUG